CCUCCCUCCCUCCCUCGCUACAAAAUGGUUUUCCUCGCCUCACACACAGGGAUCUGGGGCUGCUGGAGGAUCGGGCUUUGGGUGGCACUGGGUUUGGAUGCUGAGGAUGAUUGACAGCCGGUGCCAGGCAGGAGAUGGAGGGAUGAAGCUGAUGAUGAUGAUGAUGCUGGGGGCUGCGGAGCGGAGCUGCUGAUUCUGCCCCGGGGCUCAUUCUACCCCUCCCUGGGCUAUUGCUGGAUUCACCCCUGUGAUCACUCGUCAUUAAAGUCCUGCCAGGCCUUUCAAUGCUGCUCCCCAGGGGCCCUGUUUGUUGCUGCCGACCCUGUGUCCCUGUGAAGGAUGGAACGUAACAGAGUUGCCCCCCACUUUGCCUCCAUCUUGUUUUCCUUGAAACGGCUGCUCUGACCGACGGAGGGCUCCUCCAGCCCCCAACACCCCUUUUUAUGAACUUACUGGAGAUCCAUUCGCUCACCCCCCCUUUUUUAUUUUGACCAGAUUUCCUAUUUAAUUGUUCAACUUUUUGAUCCACUUUGUCCCGCGUUUCAUUUUCUUGGUACAAAUCUCACCUUUUCCACAAAAACACAAGUCUCCAUUGGAAUCGAAUUGAUGAAAGUGAAGAAUUUUUGUUACCAGAAUUUGAUUGUUUUCCGGCUGAUGGUACAAUUUUGUCAUUUCUGAACUCUGGCUGAAGCCCCUCCAGUCUGUAUAUUCAGUGCCCCCCAUUGUUCAUAGUUGCACUUGGCACUGCCACCCCAACCUCAUUGCUUCCUGGAACUUUACGGAAACCCUGUUCCAUCCAACGCUCCCCCCCCAUGGCGCCGGACUUCCGUGCCCCCCUGAUCCUGUGGCUGUUGGCCGCUUGCCCGGCGGAGGGGCAGAAAGGAGAUGACAAAUACCCGGUGGUCAACACCAACUAUGGAAGAUUGCGGGGGAUGAGAAAAGAUCUGAACAAUGAGAUCCUGGGUCCAGUGGUCCAUUAUUUGGGAAUUCCCUAUGCCACGCCCCCCAUUGGUGAGAGGAGGUUUCAGCCCCCGGAAGCCCCGGCAUCAUGGACAGAGAUCCGGAAUGCCACAACGUUUGCCCCAGUCUGUCCUCAGAACCUCCACGGAAUGUUACCGGGAAUCAUGCUCCCCCUGUGGUUCACAGAGAACAUGGACGUGGUGGCGGGGUACGUGCAGAACCAGAGUGAGGACUGUCUCUACCUCAACAUCUACGUCCCCCUGGAGGAUGGUCCCAUUUCCAAAUCCCGGGAGGACCCCAGAAAAGCGCAACACACUCCAGAUGAAGAUAUCCGGGAUAGCGGCAAGAAGCCUGUCAUGAUGUUUAUCCACGGGGGAUCCUAUAUGGAGGGAACUGGCAAUAUGUUUGAUGGCAGUGUUCUUGCUGCUUAUGGCAACGUCAUUGUGGUCACUCUAAACUACAGACUGGGAGUACUGGGAUUUAUGAGCACUGGAGAUCCGGCAGCCAAAGGGAAUUAUGGCCUGUUGGACCAAAUUCAGGCAUUACGGUGGCUGGAAGAAAAUAUUGGCCAUUUCGGUGGUGACCCAGAAAGAAUUACCAUCUUUGGAUCCGGAGCAGGUGCUUCUUGUGUCAGCCUGCUCAUUCUCUCCCAUCAUUCAGAAGGUCUCUUCCAGAAGGCCAUAGCACAGAGUGGAACAGCCAUUUCCAGUUGGUCUGUCAACUACGAGCCGCUAAAAUACACCCGGCUUUUGGCUGCUAAAGUAGGUUGUGAUUACCCAGAAAACUCGGAGAUGGUGAUGUGCUUAAGGAGAAAGUCUUACAGAGACUUGGUUGACCAAGACAUCCAGCCAGCGCGGUAUCACAUUGCUUUCGGGCCUGUGGUUGAUGGUGAUGUAGUGCCGGAUGAUCCCGAAAUUUUAAUGGAACAGGGAGAGUUUCUCAACUAUGACAUCUUGAUGGGAGUAAACCAAGGCGAGGGUUUGAAGUUUGUGGAGGACACCUUGGAGAGUGAGGAUGGCAUCUCUAACAGUUACUUUGACUUCACAGUGUCUAACUUUGUGGACAACCUUUAUGGCUUUGCAGAAGGAAAAGAUGUUCUCAGAGAGACCAUCAAGUUUAUGUACACAGACUGGGCAGAUCGUGACAAUGGAGACAUGAGGAGAAAGACUCUGCUGGCUCUAUUCACAGAUCACCAGUGGGUGGCACCAGCCGUUGCCACUGCCAAGUUUCAUGCCGAGUAUGAAUCGCCAGUGUAUUUUUAUGCUUUUUACCAUCGUUGCCAGGCUGAAGGGAGGCCUGAAUGGGGAGAAGCUGCGCAUGGGGACGAGGUGCCCUACGUCUUUGGGGUGCCUAUGGUUGGAGCGACAGAUCUGUUUCCAUGCAACUUCUCCAAGAAUGAUGUCAUGCUGAGUGCUGUGGUCAUGACCUACUGGACCAACUUUGCAAAGACAGGUGAUCCCAACCAGCCUGUCCCUCAAGACACCAAAUUCAUUCACACAAAGCCCAAUCGCUUUGAAGAAGUUGUGUGGACAAAGUUCAACCCCAAAGAGAAGCAGUAUCUCCACAUUGGCCUCAAGCCUCGUGUGAAGGACAACUACCGUGCCAAUAAGGUGGCCUUCUGGCUAGAGUUAGUCCCCCAUCUACAUGAACUUAAUACAGGCCUCCACACCUCCACCACUACUAGGCAACCAGGUGGGCCCCGCAGGGUAAGUACCACACGCCCACCACCAGUCACCCUUCCUCCAGAUAUAGAUGAAUAUGACUUGGACAAUCGUCCAAGAUAUUCUCCCUUCCCGGGAGACUCAAGGGAUUACUCUACAGAGCUGAGUGUGACAGUGGCAGUGGGUGCCUCGCUCCUGUUUCUCAACAUCUUAGCUUUUGCUGCUCUUUACUACAAGAGGGACAGACGCCAUGAGCUGAGACAUCGAAGACAUAGUCCAGGGAGAGGAGGUGCCCCUGGCAAUGAUCUAGCACAUCAUGGUCCAGAGGAAGAGCUUAUGUCUUUGCAGAUCAAGAGGGCCGGAGGUGCCCCGGACCUUGAGCCACUGAGACCACAUGAUAUAUUACGUCCGGCUUGUCCUCCUGACUACACCCUGGCACUUAGAAGGGCUCCUGAGGAUGCCCCUCUUCCACCUCCACCUCCUCCACCCACCUCUGUUAUGGUACCCAACACCAUCUCUGGUCUCCCUUCAUUACAUCCAUUUAACACCUUUCCAACCACUGCCCACAACAAUACCCUUCCUCACCCGCACUCCACCACAAGAGUAUAGGGGUGACAGGCAUCUUCUCCUCUACCCAUGUUUCACCUAUGCCCUUUUCUUAUGGACUGCAACAUGGGCUAUCAAUGCUCCUACAUCUGGAUCUGCUUUGAUAGGGGAUGUGGGCAGACUGAAGAUUUGGUCUGAACGAGGGGGCGGACUGGAACAGCCACUGCCUUUAACUUUAACCCCUCCAACUCUUCAUUUUCAGGCUUUAUAAACUACUCUUUACCGAAGGAACUCAGCCUUUUUGAAUCUUCUCCCCCAUUCUUGUGGCUCCAAAUAAACAACUGAAGGGGCAGUUAUGUAAAGGAAAGCUGAAAUGGGAAUGGGGUGAAACACAUAUCACCCAUAAUUCUCUUUUUAGAAAGGGGUGGGCAGUAUAAGGAGGAGAAGAAGCCUAAUUGAUUAGGCUGAAGCCUCCACAGACUUACUUCUACUGCUUUAUUUUUAUUCAUGAAGAGUGUUUAUUUGAUAAAAGGUAACAUUGGGUUCAGGGUUAAAUGCCCCCGUGCCCACUGUGUUCAGAGUCCAAGACAACUGUACAGCUCCCAAACAGUUUUUAAGUAUAAAGGAUUCUGGGUACCAUUAAAAGAUGGGGCGGUGUCCCCUGUCGCAAAGAGCAAGAUGGGGCAGUGAAUGUAUUUUGGGGGAAUGCAUGACAGGCCAAAUGAAAUACACCCCCCAACACAUAGUGCCAAUGAUUCCCUGCCACCUCUCUGCCAGGUUUAGCCCACGUGGAUGUUAAUGAUGUGGGUAAAUGCACAUGGAUUCUUUGCCUUUUCACUGCCAUAAAUUCCUUAUGCCCCUUUAUUAAAAUAGGGGAAGGGGAGCUGUGCCAAAAUAUCAGAGAGAGAAGGACUUCUUCUAGUAAGACAUUUGCAAUUUCCUACAUCUCCAUGUCUUUCUCAUAUCCCAAAUCUCCCCUUUCCCAUAUCUUUGGUCUUGGGCUUCCACCUCUAUUUGAUUCUGUUCACUUCCAUGCCAAUCCAUAACCCCCCUACUUGCAUUGUUCCUGUGCUCUCCUUUCCUUCCUCCAUUUUUACUUUCCCUUACUCUCUUUCCUUCGCUAUUCAAUUUACUGCCCCUUGCUCUUCCACUUGAUUUAAUAGGGAAUAUAACAAAAUAGGCUAUGUAAUUAUUACCUUCCAACCCAGUGGAUCGAUUCAAUAAAACGUGUUUGUUCAUUUCAAAUUUUACAAUUAAAAACAAAUUAUUUCAAUAAAAAUGUACCCACUUUCGACAGAAUGAGGUGGUGUCAAGAAAGAGAGGGGUUCAUGUAACGUCACAUAUAUAUCAGAAAGUGACCGGAAACAAAAAUAAUUCAAUAUAACAUAUAUUUCCCCCCACUUUGUUUCCCUUGUUGUACCCCCUUUCUAUUUCUACUCUCUUGUUUCCCUCUUGUCUUUCCCUUUUUUUGCCUUAGCUUUGAUUCCUCAAUUUUACCAGUUAUUACCCUGUAUAUGAACUGGGAAUUUAUACGAUUUAUGUUGGAUUCUAUUUGUAUGAAUAUUCACAUAUGGGAGCUGCAGGCUGAGCCCUUAUUAUCAUUUCUCAGUAGGGAUUUGUUCAAAAUCAUGUGCAAAUGUAGGGUUCAAAUUUGGGAUUUGGCCAAAUCGUGGUUGGUGCUUCCUAUUUCUUAGUCUUAGUUCCUAAUUUUAUCCCUGUCAAAUAUCCCCUCACUCUUUUUCUGUCUGCCUACAUAAGUCUGACUUGCAAAGUUUCUUUUUCCCAGUUUUCUCCUGUCUUGGUUUCAUUUGUUAAUUCUCUCACUUUCUUUCCAUUUCACAUUCUUUCUAUAUCUCUUCUCCUGUUUCACUUCCAGUUCUUAAUGCCCCCGCUCCAUCUCAGUUUCUAUUCUUCACAUUCCUCACCUUUUGUCUUUUACUAUGUUCAUGACUCACUUUCUAUACUUUUCAGUUUCUCCCUUUCACAUCCCUCCUGUCUUAUUUUACUAUCCUGGCUUUCCUCCUCUCCCCAACUCUCUGUCUGUCUCAGUUUCUGUCCUUUAUUUUCCUCCAGUCUGCGAUCUAGUCCCUUAAAGUGGCCAUACACGGGCAGAUAAAGCUGCCGAUAUCAGUCGUUUGGACCAAUUUGACAUCUUAUCUGCCCGUGUAUGGGGGCUUCCGACGGGUCUUCCCGAUCGAUAUCUGGCCACGAUAUCGUUCAUUAUUCUCCGGUCUCAGUUUUUGUCCAUCACUCAUCUCUGAUCUUGGUUAAAGUCCCCUAAUCUCGUUUUGCCUCUGUUUUUGUCCAUUAAUUUUCUCCUGUCUUAGUUUCUAUCCCAUACCCUCCUCCUGUCUUUGCCCAUCACUCUCUUCCAGUUCUAAUUUAUGUCCAAUACUCUCCUGUUGACUUAGUUUCUGACCAUAACUCUCCUCCUAUCUUAGUUUAUAUCCAUCAUUUACCACCAGUCUUGGUUCAAGUCCAUCACCCUUCUCCUGUCUUAGUUUCUGUCCAUCACUCUCCUCCGGUCUUGGUUCCAGUUCCUCACUCUUCUCCUGAUUUAGUUUAUGUCCAUCAUUCACCUCUGGUCUUGGUUUAAGUACCUUAUCAUUCUCUUUUUGUCCACCACUCUACUUCAAUUUUGGUUCUAGUGCCUCGCUCUCCUCCUGCCUCUCUUUCUUCCCAUUACUCUCCUCAACUCUUGGUUCCAGUCCCUCACUCUUUUUGCUCUUAGUUUCUUCCCAUCACUUUCCUCCAGUCUUGGGUCCAGUUUCUAGCUCUCCUCCUGCCUCAAUUUUCAUCCAUGACUCUUCUCCAGUCUUGGUUCCAGUUCCUCACUCUCUGUGUCAGUUUCAAACUUCAAUCUUUGUUUGUGUUUCACUUCCAUCCUCUUUCACUUCUUGAUUUUUCUUCUCUCACCAUCAAUUUCCUCCUUUCUUUUAAUGUCCCACUCCGCUUGGGCAUUUUUUUCCUUUAAACUGAGAUAGGAGGAGUGCUGUGUUUACUGUCUACUCAAUCUGUUUUCACUUCCUUCUCUUUCUUUCACCCCCAGCCCAAACUCUAUUCCUUCACCCUAGGCCAUACUUUAAGUCACAGUUUACAUGUCAUUCUGACUCCUUGGCUUUUAAAAGGGUUUCGUAAUAAGAAGCACACAGUUAAAGCCCAUCCUUCCAUUAUGGACUGGGAUGACACUACAGUAAUAUUGUAGACCCUAUAUUCAGUCAGGGCAAAUAUCAUAUCAAAGGGUAAUCACAGAGUAAGCUAACAUAUUGUUGUUUACAAGUCAUUUUCAAGUCGAUGACCCCUCCGUUUGAUGGGAUACGGGCAUGUCUCACACACAGGGUACAAUGUAAAUCUGUUAUCCCUCAGAUGAGAUAUGAAAGUGUCUGGCACAUAAUGACCCUAAACUUUACAAAAGUCAAUAUUUCCCAGCUGAGGUAAGUGCCACUGCCUGUAUUCUGCUAAAAAUCUAUUUGUUCACAGAUUAACAGAUUUUAUAAACAGGUUUAGACGUGUUCAGGAACAUAUACACCCAUGUUUGUCUCUAUGUGUAUAUAUAUAAUCACAUAUGGAAGCUGCAGGCAGAGACGAUGCCUUAUUGUCCUCUGGGGCUUGGCGCUAAAUUGGUUAAUUACUGGCACUUUUUUUCUUUAAUUUCAUUCUGAUUUGGGAUCUUGGACUGAAAUAAAAAUAAAGAUUUUGAUGACA